AUGAUUAAAUAUAAAGUUUUUUUUUUCUUACAAUUGUGCUUACCUCAUGAUCUAGCUGGUUCAGUACUGGGGGGACUGUCCCAUGGCAUUAACCUCAACAUAGAAGGCCAUAUUGGCGCUCAUCAACAACGACGACCUGAUCCAGGAUUCCAUCAGAAGCCUCAUCAAAAUGGAUACAAUCCAGGUCCACCAGGUUCUCAGAACGUAGAUAAAGUAAUUGUUAUUAUUAAAGAAGAAGAUAAUAGAAGACCUGAUCGACCAAAUAGGCCUCCAUUUAAUGGAUAUCGACCAAAUAACCAGCGCCCAAAUUAUGAUAAUUCCUAUGGACAGGGGCAUUACAAUAACGGACAAUCAAAUUAUGAUAAUUCAAAUGGACAGGGGAAUUACAAUAACGGACAAUCAAAUUAUGAUAAUUCAAAUGGACAGGGGAAUUACAAUAACGGACAAUCAAAUUAUGAUAAUUCAAAUGGACAGGGGAAUUACAAUAACGGACAAUCAAAUUCUGAUAAUUCCUAUGGACAGGGGCAUUACAAUAACGGACAAUCAAAUUCUGAUACUUCAAAUGGACAGGGGCAUUACAAUAACGGACAAUCAAAUUAUGGAAACCCAAAUAACCAAGGAAAUAAUAAUCAAGGUCACUAUGGACGGCCAAACGGUAAUAAUUACAACCAAAAUAAUUACGAGCGACCCAAUAAUAUCCCUAACAAUAAUUUUGGCAAUCAAAAUCACUACGGAACAAGUAAUACACCAGAAAAGGUCACCACAAAACAACCUUAUGACCAGCCGGUUGAAACUACAACGAAAAAACUAGAUAAUGAUGAACCAUUCUUCGUCCCACUAAGUCCGGAUGAGUACAACUAUGGCGGACAGAAAAUUAACAUCACAGAACCAAAGCGAGAAACGAAUAAAGACAAACAAAAACAAAUUGAAGACGGCGUGGGGAACCUUGAUAUAAGAUUUAAAGAUGAUUAG